GUUGAGUUAAGUGGGAGAGAGUUAACAAGUAUCCCACUGAAGUUUGGGUCGACAAUGCAUCCCUGGCUACUCCUCGCCCUCGCCCUUCCAUCAUUAGCAGCACUCGACAAGACCCACGGUGUUCCUCCCUCUCUUGUAUCGAAAUACGUACCCAGCACGAAGGGUUCGCGCCAGACAUGGACGUGUUUAGAUGGUUCAAAGGAAAUUGCUUGGAGUGCGGUGAAUGAUGAUUAUUGUGAUUGUCAGGAUGGCAGCGACGAGCCAGGCUCGAGUGCGUGUCCCAAUAACAAGUUCUACUGCCGCAAUGAGGGCCAUAUUGGGGCAACCAUACAAAGCUCUCAUGUUAACGAUGGCCUUUGCGAGCAGGAAUGCUGUGAUGGAUCGGAUGAGCUCCCAGGCGUGUGUCCGAACACUUGCCAGGAAGUCGGAGCAGAAUACAAAAAGAAAACAGAAGCAGAGCGGAAGUUGCGAAAGACUGGAUCCAAGAUACGAUCUUCAUACAUUGCGUACGCGCAUAAGGAGAAAACGCGCUUGGAGACACUCAUUGCUGAUCUUGUCAAAGAGAUUGAAACGAGAGAGAAAGAGGUGGAGAGAUUACGAGACAUUGCAGAACGCGCAGAAUCCCUCUCGGCUGCUGAGUUGGAGCAUAAGAAACAGUCCCCCCUCUACCAGUCACUCCUCGUACAUAAUACCGCACUCAAGUCCCUUCAAAAAGAACACAAGAAGCACCUGGAACGCGAGAAAGCUCUUGGUGACAUCUUGACCUCACUCCGCACGGGCUAUAACCCUAACUAUCAAGAUAUGGCCGUCCUCGAGGCUGUGCGCGGCUGGGAGGCACUAGCAGGAUUACCUCACAUAAACGACGUACGCAAGGGUGAUGAUGGGGAAGCUGACGCUACCGCGGAAAAACAGAAAACAGAGGACGAUGUUGAAGAUGAAGGUCUCUGGAAUGCAGCAAAGAUCGAGAAGGAGUUGGAUCAGUUAAUAAAAACCGAUCAUGUGACGCUGCUGCUAGAACAUGACCAGCUUGUCGGGCCUGCUUCGGCCCAGUCCCUCUUGCUUGACAUCUCGGCCUACCUUCCAGAUGCUCUGCUCCCAUCCUAUUAUAGUUUCCGCGACUCGGUCCUCUCGGCUCUAUCAGUUUUCGGGAUCGGGCGCGGAGGCACAUCCGACACGUCUGCUGAAUCAAAUCGUGCACGUGUAGCCCUUUCAGACGCGGAACACAGCCUCAAGCUGACCCAGGACGAGCAACGAACUGCAAAUGAAGACCUCAUGGAUCUCUUUGAUCCUGAUGGCUUUGGCCCAGAAGGGGAGUGGAAAAAACUUGACGGCACGUGCCUAUCAAAGGAUACUGGAGAGUACACUUACGAGGUUUGCCUCUUUGACGAGGCGAGGCAAAUUCUCAAUAGCGGUGGUUCUGGCUUCAGUCUCGGGAAAUUCUCGUCCUGGAACAAGGCUGCUCGACCUGGUGAGCUAGAAUAUUACACCAGACAGCACUAUACCCAGGGGGCCAAAUGCUGGAACGGCCCCCAUCGCAGUGUUGAGCUCGUCCUCACAUGUGGCACUGAAAAUACAUUACUGACGGUGGCAGAACUGGAAAAGUGCGAGUACCAAAUUACAGGCACAAGCCCGGCACUAUGUCGCCCGCUGGAGGACGAACACACCAAAGACGAACUAUAGACUUUUUGGCAUUAAGUCUAGGUGUAGUACCUCUGAAUGCAUGUAUUUAUUACGUAUCAGGUUCACCUGAAGUUCUACGUCCAUCCUCUCGAGGGGACACGAGUUUUAAUCAGGAAACCUCAAAAUCUGGAAUCCGCGGAGUCAGGGAACUCGAGUCCGCCGGACAGUUUGGGGAUCGCGUGCGCCCGGAUUGGCAUGAGUAAACCCUGCUCGAUGUCUUAGGCUUACCGGUCACCUAGUGUAUCCCCGACGCCGGUAGUUGUGAAUUUGAACUAACUAAUGAACUGAUAGGAGACUCUUCAGCCUCGUGUGACGAGUGAGGCCGAUGUCGAUGAUCAUUGAUGUACUGACAUAUGACCUACUUGGCAUGGGAAGCCUGAAUGGUGGCAAAAUUUAACUGGAAGAUGAAGCAAGU